AUGGUCUAUUGGGAAGAAAGGAAAUAUCCGUUCGCUGUUGUCAACUUUGCGAUAUGUAAGGCUUAUCCUUUUUCCAUUAUGGUUAUUCCAUUUAUGGGAGACAAAUUCUUGCUGCUUUAUAUGGGAUUACCUACUCAUCAGCCAAUGCCCCUUGUUGAUUUAAUAGAAGCAAAUUCAGUGAAACGAUCAUAUCAAAAGGCUUUACUCUGCCUACAUCCUGAUAAACUGCAACAGAAAGGAGUUGCUUCUCAUCGAAAAUAUAUUGCGGAAAAAGUUUUUGAUAUUCUGCAGGAGGCAUGGGUUCAUUUCAAUGCAAUUGGACUUUAA